AGUAAAUCAAAAUUAAAUUUAUAGGGAGAAUGUCUAAUUCUGAAUUGAUACAGCCUCGAAGAAAAGCUUGGAGUAUGUUAGAAGAUCAAAUGCUUCAAGACUUGAGGUAGAGGAAAAGUCUUGAUUGGAUUGAAGUAGCAAGACGAAUAGGUGGAAGAAAUCCAUCUUAAUGUGCUUAGAGAUGGAAGAGAAUUAAGGGAUUUAAGUUGAGGAGAUAAUGGACAUAGGAGGAGGAUGAAAAACUAAAGAAUUUAGUAAAAGAAUAUGGAUAUCAUUGGAGCAAAAUCAGUAAAUUAUUACCAAAUCGUUCUGGAAAAUAAAUAAGAGAACACUAUCUCAAUUAAUUGCAUCCUGAAUUGAAUAAUGAACCUUGGAGCAAAGAAGAAGAUGAAAAAAUAAUUGAAAUCUAUAAUAAUGUUGGAGGAAAAUGGAGUGUUGUAUAAAAAGAGCUUCAAGGUAGAUCAGAAAACAGUAUUAAAAACAGGUUCUAUUCAUACUUACGAAAUAAAUAUCUCAAUAUAAAGAAUCCUUAUUAUGUUGUUCCAAAAAAAGAACAAUUGAAUUUAAUAAAAACUGAACAAAAGCUCAGUUCAAUUGUUUCAGUAUAAUCAUAAGAAUAAUCGCCUUCAAUAAGUAUAAGUCCAACUUAAUAAUAUCUAAUACCAAUUAAUAUGCCAGGCAUACCAUCAAUAAGUUCAGUAUAUUGUUAUCCUCAAUUCUCACUAUGCUAUCCUUAUUACUAGUUUGCUCAACCUCAAUAUUUCUUUUAAUGCAUAUCGAAUGCUAUCCAAUAAUGAUU